CUCUUUAAGCCAUCAUCUUGGAAAGAUGAAGUUCAACAACUGUGUAUCUUCCUCGAGAAGGAAGAACAGGAAGCGACACUUCAAUGCGCCAUCACAUAUUCGUCGGAAGCUGAUGAGUUCUCCUCUAUCCAAAGAGUUGAGGCAAAAGUACAGUGUACGAAGCAUGCCGAUUAGAAAAGAUGAUGAAGUACAGGUAACCCGCGGACACUACAAGGGCCAGCAAGUUGGCAAGGUUGUCCAAGUGUACAGAAAGAAGUUUGUUGUGCACAUCGAAAGAAUCCAGAGGGACAAAGCUAACGGUGCAUCAGUUCACGUUGGCAUUCAUCCAUCUAAGGUUGUUAUCGUCAAGUUGAAGAUGGACAAAGACAGAAAGAAGAUAAUUGAGCGUAAGGGACGCGCUCGCCAGGCAGAGAAGCUGAAGGGAAAACAUACCGAGGAGUCUGUUGCUGCCAUGGAAACAUAAUCUGUAAUUGUAUGUCGCUCGUAAUAAAAAAAAAAAAACACCUUUCGUGUUCUGUUCAUGGCUUGUCUAUUAUACCACUUGCAACAUACACACUGUCGGAUUUGAACACAUUUGCGUAUAUUUCUGAUAGCAAUGUCACAGUGACAAUUACAUACUGGCAGUACUGACAAUGUCUGCUUAUAAGUCAUUUCUCGCAAAAGGUGGCACAACCACUAAUACCGUCCAGGAGGACGUACCCAAUAUAAUACAUUCUAUAUUGCUAAUCUGAUGUUUGGUUAAUGGGCUCAUGUAGAUUUGUUUGCAAGUCAAAAACAAAAUUACAUCUACACUGUUAUUAUUUUGUUGGAAUAUAUAUGUAUGUAAAACCACUUCAAACAUUAAAUUCAGGUGUUAUUGAGUAGAAAGGCAGUAAGGAACUUGUGAAAUAGGAGCAAUUGUCAAUCGGAAUGGUUUUAAAACUGGUCUACAUGUGUAGAGCUACAUGCUUUACGUGAGUAGCACCCCUGUAAUGUGAUAAAAGAAGCACUGCGAUUUUAAAGCGGAGUGGCAGUGUUUAGUGCUGGUAGUAAUCGCCCUUAAUAUCAGAAACGAGGCUGGCUUGGUGUAAUUUCGAAAAGGGUUGAUAUGUAUUGUAUCUGUAGUCAUAAAGCAUGAAUAUAAAGUCGCGUACGCGCCGUAUUUUUAAUUAA